AUGGACAAACCUGAAGGUCUCGCUGGUGUGUGGAAGCUGACGACGAUCGUCCCGGCUGUUCUGGUGCUCUUCGCCGUGGUAGUUGUGCUCGUUAUGCGCAAGAUGGAGAGAAUGCGUCGCGACAUGCUCCCUUCCGCCCUUGCAGAAAUCAUCAAUGCGAAUGCAAUGCUCCCUAGAAGUGCUGCCAAUAUGUUCCAACACCACGAACUCGAGGUCACCAAGCUCAACGAAAGGGAAACAGCCCUCAGGUCUCUAUUCUUCAACAAGGGGCUCAACCAUCUGACUGCCGUUGCGAACGUUCAAGAAAGAAUAGUCUGUGCUGUUUCUGCAGAGCUGGCCCACCGGGACAGUCAAUGA